GCCCCUUUGGCGUCCCGGGCUCCACGGUAACGUGACGUAAUCAUCAUGCGCGCUUACGUCAUCACGCCGCGACUCGUCUCCAUGGCGGCGGCGAGCACCGGACCGUACCGGCGGGAGCGGAGCCUGGCUCUGCGCAACAGCAGCUCGGCCCUGUACAACAACCUGGCCGUGCUGUGCCCUCCCGCCCGGCCCCCGGCCUUCGGAGCCGUGCACGGCACCAUCCUCAGCCUGCUGGGCAGCGAGGGGCCCCCCCGGCAGCUGCAGGCUCGGGGAGGGGGCUCGGCCCUCAGCACCCCUCUGCUCACACAGGCCGCGUGGUGCGAGCUCCCGGCGCGGGUGCUGCUGGUGCUCACAUCCCAGCGUGGGGUCCAGAUGUACGAGUCUGAUGGUUCCACCAUGGUGUUCUGGCACGCGCUGGAUGUCCCGGAGCACCCAGCAGCACAUUCCGUGUUCGCCCGAGGCAUCUCCGCAGCCGGCGGCCGCUUCAUCUGCGUGGGGACGUCCUUUGGGGCCGUGCUGGUGUUUGACAUCCCCCCAAAAGGCACCAACGUGACGCUGAACGAGGUCCUGGAGCAGCACCGGGAUCCCAUCACCGACAUCGCGGCCGAGCAGGGCCAGGCCCCGGAUGGGGCCGGGGAUUUGGUGACAGCCGAUGACUCUGGGACCCUCUGCCUCUGGAGCACCGGGGAGGAAUUCACCCUGCUCGGGCAGAUCCCAGGAUCUGGCUGCACCUGCUCCUCGGUGACGCUGUGGAAUGGGAUCGUGGCUGCGGGCUACGGGAACGGGCAGAUCCGGCUGUGGGAAGCGGGAUCGGGGCGGAUCUGUGCCCAGGUGAGCGCCCACGCCCGCUGGAUCUACGCGCUCGACCUGGCCCCGCUCACCGGCAAGCUGCUGUCGGGUGCAGAGGAUUCCUUUGUGCACGUCUGGAAGCUCAGCAGGAACCCGGACACUGAUGACAUCGAGAUCCAGCACUGCCACGCCGAGUGUGUGACAGACACGCAGGUUUGUGGUGCCCGGUUCUGUGACCCCGCUGGGGACACCUUCGCUGUCACCGGCUACGACCUGAGCGAGAUCCUGUGCUACGGCCCGGCCUGAGCUGGCACUGCCGGGAACAUCGGGAAUGUCAGGAAUGCCGGGACGCUCCCGCAGCGCGGCUCUGGGUGAGGGGUGAGCACAGACCCCGCUCCCAGCUCCAUGGGGGGAGCCAGGCCAGGAUCCCCCCCUGCCCAAAGCCCUCCUGAGAUCUGGGAGCUGCCCCAGGAUCCUCCCAUGGCUUCGGGAUCCUCCCGUGGCUUCCCACCCUUCCCGGAGGGUGGCGUGGCUGGGAACAGACCUGGCUCAGACGGGAGGAUCCCGGGAAACCUGUGCUACCUGCUGCUCCGGCCGGGAGAGCCCCGAGCCCAGCCCAGCGUGCCAGGGUGCAGCACCCGCCGGCCACGGCUGCUGGGGAGGGAAAAAAAAGGGAAAGGGAGGCCAGGGGAACGUGGGAUACCUGGGGGAUCCCGCAUCCCAACCCCCCCACAGGAUCCCAAAUCCCCACGGGAUGCUGCAGUCUCAUGGCCACUGGCCAGAUGUUUGAGGCCCCAGCUAUGCUCUGGGGCAGGAAACAGCAGCAGCAGCUGCAGCAGGACCCCAGGGACCUCCCCAGGUCCCCUUCAGCCCCCCUGCCUGUCCCUGACCCCCCCACGGGAGCUGAGGUGACCCCAGGCUCUGCUCCCAGGGCCCUGCGAGGCUGGGAGGGGGGAAUGGGGGGCCCAGCCUGGGACAGGAACGUCCCCAACCCCUCCUGCUGUUCUGGUGAUCUACCCCAUCCAUAAAUGACCCCCCCACCCUGUAUGUCCCACUCGUGUCCCCCUGCAGUGUGUGGGUUCUGUUCCCCACCCCCAUGUGCUCUGUACCCCCACAAUAAAUCACCCCGUGAAUCCCC